AUGGUAGGUGCAACGCGAGCUCACCAUUCGGGCAAAGGUGUAGCUAGUCGAUUGCGUGCUGCUAUGUGUAAUCAUGCGCGAGACACGAAAGGAUUUCAAUAUGCACUUGUACAAGUGUCAAAUCCGGCAACACGUCAUAUCUAUACAAAGAAGUUGGGUGGAAAAGAACUGACAAUCAUUGAUCCAAGAACUUGGAUGUGGAAAAAGAAAGAUGAUGGAUUAUCGUGUCCAUACAAGGAUUAUAAUGGUGAAUCUAUACCGAAUAUUUUAAUCAAGCUAACAUCAGUUGAAGACAAGUAA